AUGCCGGCAGUGGAGGUCCCGGGCGAGACCAAGAAGGAGAAGCCGGCCCUGCUGCGCGAGGCGGCAGGCAAGAGGUGGGUGGACACGACUCUGCUGGAAUGGCCCGAGAACGACUUUAGGAUAUUUGUCGGCAACCUCGGGAACGAGGUGAACGACACGGUCCUGAUGGCUGCCUUCCAGAACUACACGUCCUUCAACAAGGCUAAAGUCGCGCGGAAUGGAUACAACAAAAAGUCCAAGGGGUACGGCUUCGUCAGCUUCCAGGACCCCAUCGAGGGCGCGCGCGUGCUCAAGGAGAUGCAGGGGGCCUACAUAGGCAACCGGCCGGUGCAACUGAAGAAGAGCACGUGGGAUGACCGCCAGGUAAAGGACAAGACGGGCAAGCCCAUCAAGCGGCUGGUGGAGGAGAAGGCCAAGAAGCCGGACAAGAGGGCACGGGCGGGGGCCUCGUUUGAGGCUGGGGUGGGGCCCCCGGUGCAGCAAGCAUUCUACACCCGGCGGUAG